CUGAGGCCAGGCCUGACUGAGACUGUUUCUACAGAGGGUUGGAUGGAAGUCUGUACCGAUCAUCUUAAAAUCUCAACAUUUCCGAAUGGCGGCUUCUCGAGCACCCGGUGCACAGUCUUUGUCGAAACAGCAACGGCAAUAUGGCAACAGUUUCUUUAAAUCUUCCCAAGAGGGUUUCGGGUUUAUCAUCCAGAGUGGGAGACUAGAGUCUGCUCUUGAGUGGUACCGAUGUGCUUACAGCUGCAGCGAUAAUGACGAUGAUGCGGUCUCGGCAAUCAAGAAUAUUGCCAUGGCAACCUGGAAGUUGGCUUCACUGCACGGGUCAGUGACAGACAGAGAUCAAAAAGUGCAGAAGAUCAUCGCCAGGCGUCACUUCAACGAUGCCCUCCGGAACUUCAACAAGGCACUUCUGCUGAAGUCCUGUAAGACCGCCGCCUGGACCGACCACCUACAAACAUCCAUGCAGAAGUGUGGAGAGGAAGCCAUCGAAUGGAUUAACAAAUCUUAUGAAGAUGAGCAAGAGAAAAUGUGCUUCCUUACUGAAACUCUUGCUCACAUGUCAGAUGGCAAGAAAAAGGCAGAAGACUACAUCCAACUGGCAACCCACCUCUUCGGUCAAGGACUAACAGCACUUGGAGAGCUCAAGUACAAAGAAUGUUUUAGGUUUAUGAAAGAGUGCUAUUUCCCUAUCCAAGAGGCAGCUAGAAUGUGUGGCAAAGACCCAACCAUUCUUUCCGAAGUGGAAGUUCUCAAGGAGGAUGUUCAUCAGCAUACGUGUCUCGCAGAAGCUGGAAAGGCAAGGGCUACUGGCGAUGCGCUCUUGGAGACAGGACUGAAGGACAAUGUGGAUCUGAACGUAGAGUUAGUGUGGUCCAUCAUGGACUGGUACAGACAGUCUGCUAUCUUGUGUAAAGGAAGUGAUAUUGAACAAGAAGCUAUUGCUUAUAGCCGGAUGGGAAGGAUUUAUGGCAAGGUCCUGAAGUUAACAGUGAAAGGAAAGAAUUGCCAUAAAAGGGCUAUAGAGCUUGCCCUUAGUAUGGCUCCAAGAAACUUCCAUAACGUUGAUUGGUUCGAGGAGAGCAAGAAGUAUAUUGAGGAAUUCCAAAAGCGACUUGACAAGGGCAGUGAGGAGAACAAGGAGAAGGAUGCAGCUCUGGCUGAUAUGAAGGCAGACCUUGAUAAGCUCAAAGGCUUCUCAAACCUAUCUCCCGAGGAGUAUGUCGUAACUCUGUACAAGACAUGGCCACCCAAAGCUCCAGGGGCAACGUUGAAUGAGAAACUUGCUACCAAGAAGCUGCUGUUGAAGGCCAUCAGUCACUAUCAUCCGGACAAGGUGGACAAAGAGGUCCAUGGCAAGAAGUGGUACUACUUCACGGAGGAGAUUACCAAGUGUCUAAAUGAUGUUUACAUGAAACAAAAAUUCAGUGAUGUGGAAUAGUGCUUUAUUUCGAUAUAGGGAUCGAUUGAACUUUUUAACUCGAUCCUCUGGUAUAGUAAGCUGUUAGGUCAGGAUAGUUGACGGACUAGACCAUAUAGACGAUAUUAUAGAAAGUAAAGAAAAAAAUAGAUAAUAGAAUAAUGGAUUAGUCACAUAUCCCCUAUACGGCAAGACGAAAACAAGAGCUUUAUUCAUUUUUAUUCAAACCAUCUAUAUGUAGCUGGUAAAAAAAUGUUAAAACUGCUGUUUUCGUUUUGCCGUACGGCCGUCGUAGGGGAAAUGUGACUGCGCCUUAUGCAUGUGGUAACUGAGUUACACUUUUUGUCCAAAUAUUUUGAAUUCUAUUCCUUGUUGAAAAAAAUCAGAUAAUAUUCAUUGUCUUUCGUUUGGUAAAGCUUAUUUUGACCUGUGUCAACACUAUUACCUGUGUUCUUCUCAUCGAAUUAGGUCCAAGUGAAUGAUUAAACACUUUGAUGUAGUAAAACCUAGCGAAUUGGGCAAAAUUUAUAAAAAGCCGCGAGAAUUUAGCAUUUGUUACAUAAAAAUUAAUUUCAUUACAGACUUUGACCUAAUCAGAAAAUA